CCAUGACUCCAUGGUAGUAGGAUUGGCCAAGGCACAAUCCGAAAAACACACCUUUUCAACUAUUCCGAGUUGUUACCGGUUGCUAUGUCAUAUUUGCAAGGGAUUGGCCUAUAACUUGUGCUAACUUCGCUCGCCCUGUUGACAAAGCGGGGAAGCUUAAGAUGUGGUGUCAUACUCGAACUUGAGAACUCUCAUAUUCUUCAAAAGCUAUUUCAACUUCACAAUUACUAUUCAAGAUGUCAGAUAUACAUUCAAAAGUUAAUAGCCGACUCACACAAGUCAGUGACUUUUUGACCGGCAACAAAACCGCCACGACUAUUCCGUUCGAUCCGAAUUCCACAAAGUUUCCAUCUAGAAAGGACGUUCCGCGAAGAGAGGAUGCACCGGAAGGAGCGUAAGUAGCACUUGAAGUUUCCAGAACCUUGACUGAUUUCUAAAAGUGCGUGGGUUUGGGGAAGUGAUGAUUAUGUAGGUAAUAUUUAUCCUAUGCGUUUCAAUGCCGCUAAUUGUUACCUAGAUUGGAAGAUUGAAUCUUCUCACUCCAAGUCGAGUUACUGUUGCAUCCAAUGAAAUUCAAAGCGGCGAGAUAGUUCCAUUGAACCUCCCUCUGAACGUGCCAGAAGUACCAGCUUUUAAUCGAGAACCAUUUGAGCAUAAAAUCAAAGAAUUAGCUCCAGGGUUGGCCUAUGACGAUAUAUAUUCAUUGAAUACGCAAUCUGGUACACAAUGGGAUGGAUUCAGGCAUAUUUCACACAUACCAACAGGCAACUUCUACAAUGGGACUAAUGGGAAAGAUAUAGUGGGAGUUGAAAAGGAUGAUAAUAAAUGUGGUAUUCAUCAUUGGGCUGAACAUGGAAUUGCUGGUCGCGGUGUCUUGAUUGACUACUGGACUUAUGCCCAGAAGAAUGGAAUUAUCUAUGGUAAUCAAUCACCAUAAAUUUGUACUGUUUGGUCGUCUGACGUUAUAUGUAGAUCCAUUUGAUUAUCACGCUAUAUCCUACGCUGAAUUGCAAGCAGCUGGAAAGGCUCAAGGAAUUGACAUCCGCCCUGCCUCCCAAGGUGGAAAUAUUCAAAUUGGAGAUCUACUUUUCGUUCGCUCGGGCUUCGUGUCUACAUACCAUACCAAAUCUCCAGAAGCACGAAAAGCUGCUGCUCUCAGGCCACAUAGCAUCGGACCUGAGGAUGGCCAACGAUGGGCGGGUCUCAAACAAGAUGAAGAUAUGCUUGAUUGGCUGCACGAUUGUUACUUUUCGGCUGUAGCUGGUGAUGCCCCGGCUUUUGAAGCUUGGCCAUCACAAGAGCAUUACAUGUUACAUGAAUAUAUUCUGGCAUUGUGGGGUAUGCCUCUGGGAGAAAUGUUUGACUUGGAGAAGUUGGCAAAGACCUGUAAGGAGAAAGGAAGGUGGAGCUUCUUCGUCACAAGUGCUCCGAAUAAUUGCCUGGGAGGUGUAUCUAGCCAUGGAAACGCCAUUGCUAUAUUUUAAUACUUAACACAAUAAUAACGUCGAUACACUUGUCAUUACAAU